AUGAGUACGAAGAGGUACCCACAGAAGACCGAGCGUCUUCUGGAGUCGCUGGGAAUCGUGUCUCCCUCAAGUUUACGCGACCGACUUCUCAAUGCGCCCGAUCUGAAGGAGGAGAUCCGCAAAUUUCAAGCCGAAAACCAAAUUCCGGUAAGUACUAUGUCUGUUUACUGUGACGUCGAGUGCACUCUUGUUAUUUGCAGUGAAUAGGUUUUAAUACGAAUCCGUCUUCAUGGCCGAUUAGCUUAUUUUCGCCGUUUCUCUCGCUUUACUCGGUAAUUUUAUACUAUACGAAAAGCCUUUCAGGUCCCUUCGCUGAGGCCCAUUCUGAACAUUCUCGACCUACAUGGCGUGCGGAGAAACGAAUUGAACCAGGUGGUAAGUUUUUAUUAUAUUAUCCAUUUUCAAGUUUAGGUAUUAAAAGAAUUGACCGGAAAAUUGUUGGACAAAAUCAAGGACUUGUCGCCGAAAAAGAAUCCUAAAGAUGCGAAGAAGCUGGAGGAGUUGCUGGAUAAGAUUUUCAGACUGUAUCCGGUGGAGAGCAUGCGGAAAAUUGUCCUUGAGACGUUGAAAAGUGUUCCUCAACUUUCAAAUAAGUGAGUUUUUUCUUCUUUUUUUUGAAUUUUUUUGAUGGGAACGGUGAUAACAAGAACAAUUUGAGCUGUAAAUCUCGAAGUUGCCGAGUAGAAAUUUCCAAUUUUCUAUUUUUGAUAUCAUGGAUAAUCAAAAUUCUUAAAAAUUUUUGACUGAAUCUUACCGAAUCCUCUUUUAGAUAUCUAAAAAAGAUUGCUGAUGACAAGCUUCUCUACAGCGAAUGUGAUGUCAGUGUAAAACAGCAGAUUUGGGUUGUCAAUGAGAAGUUAUUCCAUCAAGCAAUCGAGCCGAUUAUUGAUGAAUACGUAGAUGAAAAAGAGAAGAUCCUGACUUUAACUGGAAGAUCUCAGACCAAUUUCUUUACUUCCGACACCACAAAGAUCCGGCGACAAUGGAAACAAGUGAAAGGUAAGUGGAAAUUUACGAGUGCACUGUGCAGUCAAAAAAAAUUUUUUUUAUUGCACGGUGCAGUGGGAAUUUCGGUAAAUUUUUUGUCGAAUUGAAAGAGGGUCGAAUGAAUUCUUUUGUUGCACAGUUCUGAUAAAUUUUGAGUUCUCCUGCACUGUACAAAAAAAAUUUUUUUGACCGCACCGUGCAGAAAAAAAUUAUGGUCUGUUUUGCACGGUGCAGUCGGAUUUUUGAAAUUUUUAUUAUGGAAAUGGAAAGUUGAGGGCAAAUACACAUCAUCUGUGGAAAAAUUAAAAAAAAAAAUUUACCCGUUCUGCAUCUCCUAAAUUUUUUUUUCAGAUUUGAUCCAAAUGUCCGGCAGAAACCCCUCUCUGUACAAAGGAAUCACUGAUUUGGUGCAACUGCGAUAUUUGGAGACCGGCAGCUGUCAUUAUGCCUCAUUGAGGUUGGAAUUGGCCAUGGCUUUGCAUGAUUUGAACGUUGAAUUUGCCACAAAAACGGAUCCGAUUCACGAUUUUGCUUGGGUUUUGGAUGUGGCCUUGAGGGAUCGGCACAUGGACACCCAGCAGGUCAACAAGCUGAAGAAUGUCAUCGAUAAAAAGAAGUUUUUGGAAGAGGUGGGUGGUAUAAUAUAACGUGGAUUUUGAAUAAAAAUUUACUGCAACGAUUGCGGAGCAGAUCGUAUUUUACAUAGAUAUGAAAAAAUUCAUGAUUUUUUGUGAAUUUUGAGGCUCUCAUUAACUUUUUUUUUGUUAUAAAUCACCUUGUUUUACUAGUCGCGCAAAACGUCCUUGGAAUUUGUCGCGGUCCCCAAAUUCCGUCGCGCUCCGAAAAUGUUGGUUUUGCACAGUGCAAUUUCAUAGUGCAAAAAAGCCUAUGGUUUUGCACCGUGCAAUUUCAUAGACAAAAAAGCCUAUGGUUUUGCACAGUGCAAUUUCAUAGUGCAAAAAAGCCUAUGGUUUCGCACAGUGCAAUUUCAUAGUGUAAAAAAGCCUAUGGUUUUGCACCGUGCAAUUUCAUAGACAAAAAAGCCUAGGAUUUUGCACAGUGCAAUUUCAUAGUGCAAAAAAGCCUAUGGUUUUGCACAGUGCAAUUUCAUAGUGCAAAAAAGCCUAUGGUUUUGCACAGUGCAGAGUCCUUGGAAUUUUUCCCGAUCCCCAAAUUCCGUGCGCUCCGAAAAGUUGAUUUGUCGCUGCGAAAAACGGGAAUCGCGCGCGACGUAAGGCAAAAACAAACAAAAUUGCACUGUGCAAAAGCACUUUUGGGCCUGAAGCACGGUGCAAAAUGUUUUUUCGAGCUCAUGCACGGUGCGGAGUCACAAAAAAUUCCAAUGACUUUUUGCGCGGACUUUAGUGGGCAUUUUUUGAUUGGAAAAUUGAGUUUUGGCCCACAUUUUUGCUUGAGGCUUCUACGAAAUUUAAUCUUGAAGCCUUAUUUUGGUUUUAACAGUAGUUGUUUACAAAUAUCUCACCUGAUUUUAGAUUUUGUUACCUAAAAUAAGGUGUUUUUUCGGUUCGAACUGUCAUUUCUUUGGCUAAUGUCUAUAAUUUGUAAGAAUAUUAUUUUUUUAUGACUUUAUUUUACCUCAAACCUCGUUUUCAGAACUUCAAAAACGUUGCUUUGGUCGCCGCCGACCCCCACGUCCUCCAUUUGCUAUGCUCCAUGACCCUGAAAAUUAUUUUCGACAGCACAAAAACUUGUAAUCAAAUCCCCAGAGAUCACACAUUACUCCAUUUGAUCAUCCGAUUACUUUAUUUUGGACUAUAUUCGAGGGUAAGCGACCUUUUUUGAUUUUAUUUUUUUAUUUUUUUAGGAGAUUAUAAACGAGGAAAAGGAAUUUCAAAGUGUAAUUAAUGCAGACUGUCUGGUCAAAUUCCUCCCAGCCAUGACUGAAGUGAUCUUGAGGGAUCAGGUUCGCAUGGAAUUGCAAAAAGCCAGCGGUAAGCUUGUUUAUAGACCUUGUUUUAGAAAAAAAUAGUAUUUUUUUGAGGAAUUUUUGAUUUUUAAAAUCCUUUUUGUGUCUUAUUUUAACGCAGUGAUACAGAUUUUACAAUUUGAAACCUAGUUUAUACAUUUUUACUUGGAAAUUUACUGUUUAUUUGAUAUUUUUUUGUCAUGGAUAAUAUAAUUUUUUGCUCGAAAAGUUUUGGUUUUUAGGCUAUCAGUUAUUUCUUGUUACACAUUUGUUAAAUGUGCGUUGAAUCCUUGAGGAAUGUGAUAAGAAAAAUAAUUUUUUGAUUUGUUUUACAAGUGGCUGUAAAAAAUGAUAAGAAUGCUAUAUAAAGGCUGGUAAAGAUUAAACAUAGAAUUAAUAAUUAUAUUACUGAGUAAUUAGAGGGUUUGGAAUUAUUUUUGGAACCAAAUUGACAGCUUCAUUAUAUUAUUUUAGGUAACAACUUGGAAUUUUUUUUUUAUUUUGGCCGUAAAUUGGUGUGUAAAUAGAAUUUUAUAGAAAAAAAGUAGUUUAGAAUAUAUUUUUCACGGUAUUUUAGGAUCCUAAAUUUUAAAAAAUCAAAAAUUAAAAAAAAAAUGAGAAAACCGCACAUUUUUAAAUGAUAAUUGAAAAUUUUCGCCGUUUCAGAUGAAGUAUCGGACGAAUUCAUGCCCGAAUUCGAAAUCCAACGUCCUUCGGACACCUUCUGCACAUUCAUCAAGCAGGACUCGGUGUGCGCCCUCCUCUUUUCCCACUAUGUUUUCUCGAUUUUGCCGGCCAAAAAGAGAGGCAACAGCAAAAAGCUGCUCCUCAUUUAUUUGGAUCUCAUCUUCCAGGCCAAGGAUAAGGUGAGAAAUGAAGCGGAGGAUUCGACGAAUAAGAUGAAUAGCAUUUGGGUUUUCUGGUUUCCCCUAAGGGCAUGUUUUGAGCAGUUUAAAAAUUUUUUAAGCCAUUUCUUUGGAAGAAAUGCACUUUGCCCAUUUUCUGCUGUAAUUUGCGUGUUUUUCGCGGCUGAUUAAUUGAACUCCCACUGAUAAGACCCUCUAGAAUGUUGACAAAAAUUUUUGAGAACAUGCCCAGAGGGCAUCAUGAUAUAAGUUUAGGAUUUUUCGUCCCAUUUCAGAUCGUGUUCGAAGAACCCUGGGCCCAUUUGUUGCUUUUCCGCAUGAGUCAUUACUUCGGGAAGGAGCUGGAAAGGCCCGAACUCUGCAAACUCAUCAUCACCGACGCCCUUCUCCCCGCUUUACAGGUGAGGAAUCAGUUUCGAGCCGAUUUUUGGCCUUUUUUGGGAAACUUUUUUGUUUUGAGGGACGGAUAAUUGAUUGAUUUUUAUGAAUUGAGGGGAAUAGAGACUUACAUGGUCUGUAGAUUUGUUUGUAGUAGGGUUAGGACAUUUAGAUAUGGAAUAUCUUACUUUUUUUAUAUUGUUUUAGGCAAAAGUGAUGACUUUUGAUGAAUUUUUGGAAAAAAGAUUGUUUUAAGGUUAAUUUUGGAGGGUUUUGGAAUUUUUAUGACUUUUUACUACUGUAAUUUAUAUUAUGACCAAAUUUCAGACCAACCCGAACAUUGCAUUCCACCUUCUCCGCCUAAUUUCCCUCCUGAAAGGUCGGAUCCAAGAAGAAUACGUAAAUGAGACCCUCACCUCCCUCGAUCCCACCGUAUAUUCCCUCCCACCAUUCCUGGGCCACUCCAGUUUGGCCAGAUUCGAAAAAGAAUACGCGACUUUGGCCUCGGCUCUGAAGCCGAUCAUCUCGGAACAGCCGGUCAUUUACCCAAAUAUGAGCGAUGUGUUACCUCAAGAACCUCAGGACAUUUUAAGUAGCAUUGGGGGAGAUUAG